CCGAGCUCGGAGGCCGGCGGCUUAUCUAGGCGGAGCAGCCUGCUCGCGGCGGACAGUGACGCCCACCUCGUCUUCCCCUCCGCCUCUCCCGGGCAGCGCUCGCUAGUGACGUCAGGGUGUGAUGGCUGCCGCGAGGCCGGGAAGGUGAAGUUGGGACAGGUGGAGUCAACACAUUUGAUAACCAACACCGACCUGAAACAGCACAGGGGAGACCUUGAAUAUUUUUCAUCUUUUUGACUCCAGCCAUGUCCAUGAUGUCCACCCUGUGAAGGUCUCUUACCAUCCAGCAAUUGUGCCAGCAGACGAUCUGUGGACCCAUUUUCUUUCCCUGCUAGGAGUGGCUGUACAUAAAACUGGCGCGAUGUCCCUGCUCUUCUCUCGAUGCAACUCCAUCGCCACCGUCAAGAAGGACAAGAGACACAUGGCUGAGGUGAAUGCUUCCCCCCUCAAGCACUUUGUCACUGCCAAGAAGAAGAUCAAUGGCAUCUUUGAGCAACUGGGAGCCUACAUCCAGGAGAGUGCCACCUUCCUUGAAGACACCUACAGGAAUGCAGAGCUGGACCCGGUUACAACAGAAGAGCAGGUUCUGGAUGUCAAAGGGUACCUCUCCAAAGUCAGGGGCAUCAGCGAGGUACUGGCCAGGCGGCACAUGAAAGUGGCUUUUUUUGGCCGGACAAGCAAUGGGAAGAGCACAGUGAUCAACGCCAUGCUCUGGGACAAAGUUCUGCCCUCUGGAAUCGGCCAUACCACCAAUUGCUUUCUCCGGGUCGGGGGUACCGAGGGCCACGAGGCCUUCCUCCUCACUGAAGGCUCAGAGGAGAAGAGGAGCGUCAAGACUGUGAACCAGCUAGCCCACGCCCUCCACCAGGAUGAGCAGCUGCAUGCUGGCAGCCUGGUGAGCGUGAUGUGGCCCAACUCCAAGUGCCCACUUCUGAAGGAUGACCUCGUGCUGAUGGACAGCCCUGGGAUUGAUGUCACCACAGAGCUGGACAGCUGGAUUGACAAGUUUUGCCUGGAUGCUGAUGUGUUUGUGCUGGUGGCCAACUCGGAGUCCACGCUAAUGCAGACGGAGAAGCAGUUCUUCCACAAGGUGAGCGAGCGUCUUUCCCGGCCCAACAUCUUCAUUCUGAACAACCGCUGGGACGCGUCUGCCUCGGAGCCUGAGUACAUGGAGGAGGUGCGGCGGCAGCACAUGGAGCGUUGCACCGGCUUCCUGGUAGAUGAGCUGGGUGUGGUGGAUCGAGCUCAGGCUGGGGACCGGAUCUUCUUUGUGUCUGCCAAGGAGGUACUCAAUGCCAGGAUCCAGAAAGCCCAGGGCAUGCCGGAAGGAGGGGGCGCUCUUGCAGAAGGCUUUCAAGUGAGGAUGCUUGAGUUUCAGAACUUUGAGAGGAGAUUUGAGGAGUGCAUUUCCCAGUCUGCUGUGAAGACCAAAUUUGAGCAGCACACAGUCCGGGCCAAGCAGAUUGCAGAGGCCAUUCGCCUCAUCAUGGACUCUUUGCACAUCGCGGCUCAGGAGCAGCGGGUUUACUGCCUGGAGAUGCGGGAAGAGCGGCAAGACCGGCUGAGAUUUAUUGACAAGCAGCUGGAGCUCUUGGCACAAGACUAUAAACUGCGAAUCAAACAGAUCACGGAGGAAGUGGAAAGGCAGGUAUCUACCGCCAUGGCUGAGGAGAUCAGGCGCCUCUCUGUGCUGGUCGAUGACUACCAGAUGGAUUUCCACCCGUCCCCAGUCGUCCUCAAGGUUUAUAAGAAUGAACUGCACCGCCACAUAGAGGAAGGCCUGGGCCGGAACUUGUCAGAUCGCUGUUCCACGGCCAUCAGCAGCUCCCUGCAGACCAUGCAGCAGGACAUGAUAGAUGGCUUGAAGCCCCUCCUUCCCAUGUCUGUGCGGAAUCAGAUAGACUUGCUGGUCCCCCGCCAGUGCUUCUCCCUCAGCUACGACCUGAACUGUGACAAGCUGUGUGCUGACUUUCAAGAGGACAUUGAGUUCCACUUUUCCCUUGGAUGGACUAUGCUAGUGAAUAGGUUCCUGGGCCCCAAGAACAGCCGCCGGGCCUUGAUGGGCUACAAUGACCAGGUUCAGCGUCCCGUCCCCCUGACGCCUGCCAACCCCAGCAUGCCCCCGCUGCCUCAGGGCUCGCUCACCCAGGAAGAGCUCAUGGUCUCUAUGGUUACUGGCCUGGCCUCUCUGACAUCCAGGACGUCUAUGGGCAUUCUUGUGGUUGGAGGAGUGGUGUGGAAGGCAGUGGGCUGGCGGCUCAUCGCCCUCUCCUUUGGACUGUACGGCCUCCUCUACGUCUAUGAGCGCCUAACCUGGACCACGAAGGCCAAGGAGAGGGCCUUCAAGCGGCAGUUUGUGGAGUAUGCCAGUGAGAAGCUACAACUCAUCAUCAGCUAUACGGGCUCCAACUGCAGCCACCAAGUCCAGCAGGAGCUGUCUGGGACCUUUGCUCAUCUGUGCCAGCAAGUCGACGUCACCCGGGACAAUCUAGAGCAGGAAAUUGCCACCAUGAACAAGAAGGUCGAAGCUCUUGAUUCUCUUCAGAGCAAAGCAAAACUGCUCAGGAAUAAAGCUGGCUGGUUGGACAGUGAACUUAACAUGUUCACACAUCAGUACCUGCAGCCCAGCAGAUAGUGGGCACUCAGGACAGGGCCUGCAUGGAAAGGGGACAGGACUGCCCACCUGCCAUCAGUUCCAGUCCCUGGCCGCUGCAGAUGGAAUGGAAGUACCCACUGUCUCACACUGAUUUGAGCCCUUCAGCACCAGUUAAUCCCCCACUUCUGAAGGAAGACCCUCUGGCUCAAACCCCAAAGGAGAUCUCCAGCAACCAGGCAGCAUGGCACCGGAGGUCGUGUGAGGCCCUGUCAGCUUACCAGGUUCACUUGAUUGAUGGAGCAUCCCUGCACUUGACAGGCUCUUGGAUGUAGCCCUGCAGAAUGACUGACUAGAGCCUUCCUGACUAGCAGGCAGCCCUUGCCCUCUCCAGCCUCAGCACACCUGCCUUCCUCGGCACCCCAGCUCACCUGCCGAGAGGCCAUGCUGGAAAUGACUGGACUUCUUCCCAAAACACUGAGUCUGCCCGGCAGCUUUAGUGCUUUGGCCCUUGCAGAGUCUUCUAGUUGUACUUUGUGGCCAGGCUCUAGAAGGAGGCAGGAGAGUGGGGACACUACAGCCAGCCCGAGCACAGGGAGGCGCUCAGGAGGGGGGUGUGGGUUGUGGCACAGGUGGUGCUGACAGGGCAGCCGCUGGCACCGUGCUGGAAAGGGACUUGCCUCCCUUUCUUGCCAUCAUGGCCCUUGGCCGGUUCGCCCUGGUUUCUUGGUAAGAACUGGUUGGGUCCAGGUGGUUAAAGGAUGUAGAAGGAGGGAUGGUGGAAGAUAGGAGCUGCCCAGGAUGACGGGAAGAGGUUGGUGCAACACAAAAGAGGGCCGUCCCUCUGACCUUGCUCUGAGACGCUUGCGGGCCCUGCUCCACUAACUUGAACACAUCUUCACCUUGCUGCAAGCUCCCUUGGACACCAUUCUGUGGGUUACUCCCUGUACCAACAACUGCAGCGGGCCACAAGACAGCAGGGGAAACCUGCUCCCACCCUCCCACCACCUGACCCCCCCAGAGUCUCCCUCUGCACGCUUGGUCUCUCUUGGACUCCUGCUGAGUGUUGGGAUUGUUGCUGGUCAUGGUGGGGAGGGCUGCAGUCAUCAAUGUAUUGGUUGUCUGGAAAAAGCAGUGUUUAGCUGAUAAAGCCUUUGUAGGACAGGUAGAGUAUAGAGAAACCGCUGGUCCCUCCCAGAAGCCCACAGCCAGGGGUUCCGGAGCGGGGGUGGGGGGUGGGGAGAGGCACGUAUACCACCACGGAAGAGACUUUCCUCAAGAAGUCUAGCAAAGCACUUUAGUUUCAUGCUGCUGUGUGUUCAUUCGCUGGGGUACAAGUGACCAUUGAGCGUGCUUCUGGUGUAUCUAAGGUGACAUAUUUGCCUGGACUGCUCCUGUAUCUUAUUGGAAACUAAAAUAAAGCCCAGUUGUGACCCUG